CCCAAAAACAAAUGCACUGCAAGGUGAGAUGUCGAAGAAGAGCGUUCAUCUUCCUCAGGAUCUGAUCAUUGAAAUUCUGUUGAGAUUGGCUGUGAAGGCUCUUCUGCGAUGCAAAUGCGUAUGUGUCCAUAAAACAAUACCUGCCUCUCCUAUUGUCUUCAACAAUUCCAAUCUUGACAUUUCUCUUUAUGGUUUUGCGUAUGACCAUUCAACUGAUGAUUACUUGAUAAUUUUGGCUUCCACCGAUCGCCGUUCUUGUGAUUAUUAUCUGGUAUCUACUAUUAUUUACUUUGAGAUUUUCUCAUUGAGAGCUAAUAAGUGGAAACUUACUGAGAUUGAUUUUCAAGUGAUCCUUUACUUUGAAUGUGAUGCUGAAGUCGGUUUACUCUGGAAUGAUUCUAUUCAUUGGACGGCUUAUAAUGAUCAUACCAAUAGGGAUGUUAUUAUUGCCUUUGAUUUCAAGGAAAGCAGAAUGUCAGAGAUAGCUCUGCCAUAUGGUUUUCAUGGUAACGACUACAAUUUGCUGGUACUUGACGGACUCAUCAGUGCAUGGGUUGUGGAAAUGCAUAUGGUUAAGAUAUGGGUGAUGAAAAAAUAUGCAGUGCAUUCGUCUUGGACUAAGAUUCUUGAAUUUUCUGUUGAUCAUGCUUUGCAUCGUUCUUUAUCCAUGGUAUGCUUUACAAAUUGUGGUGAUAUAAUUGGAAGAGAUGAGGAAGGUGGAUUGAUGAAGUUUAAUGACAAAGGACAGCUGCUGGAGCAUCACUCUCGUCCCAAGAGCAUCGACUCAACAUACAGAUUCCAAAUGCCGUUGUAUACAGAGUUGUAUACAGAGUCUCUGCUUUCACUCCCAUACAUAGUAUUGCUUUGAUGCUGGUAACUCAUCCUCUCUGCCUCAAAAGCAGUUAAGUGGAAUUACUAAUGAAUGUUGAUUUUACAUGAUCUUAAAUGGUUACUAUUUAUUUUGUCUUCA